AUGCCUCCCCUCCUAGCACUGUUGGAUGCUGCGCUCCUCGCCCUCGGGUUUGUGCUGCUAAACAAAAUGAUUAGCAAGAGAACUGCACCGUUACCGCCAGGACCGCGCAAGCUCCUCCUGAUUGGGAAUCUUCUUAAUAUGCCUCGGGAGCGCGAAUGGCUCACCUUCGCUGAAUGGGGUUCAAAGUGGGGCGACAUAGUCUCUGCCUCCGUCCUUGGACGACAGAUAAUCAUCCUUAAUUCUGCGAAAGCCGCCGUCGAGAUACUUGAUAAGAAGAGUGCGAAGUAUUCCGAGCGGCCAGUGCUAGAGCUGAUGGGCGAGAUCGUUGGGUGGAAGAACGCACUCGUGUUACUCCAGUCUGGAGAACAUUUUCGGGCACAGCGCAAACUAUUCCGCCAAGCGUUAGGGAGCACCUCCUCCGUGGCCGAGUUUUUUCCUUUAUUGGAAAGGGAAACACACAAGUUCUUGAAGCGUGUUCGUGCUCAACCGGACCUUUUGGAAAGUCUCAUACAUAAGACAGCUGGUGCCAUUGUCCUUCACAUUACCUAUGGAUACGAGAUUCAGGAAGAUCAGGACCCGUUCCUUGCCCUCGCGCAUGAAGCCACAGAGGACUUUUCCAUUGGGUCCUCACCAGGAGGCUUUUUGGUCAAUAUCCUUCCAGUGUUACGCUGUAUCCCCGAGUGGCUUCCUGGAGGAGGGUACAAGAAGAUUGGAGCGAUAUGGGCAAAUACUAUGAAUGAAAUGGUCAAUCGUCCAUAUGACUGGGUCAAAGAACAAAUGAUGCUUGGAGCAGCUGAACUCUCGGUGAUUUCUCGCAUUCUGGACAGUGAGCCAAACUUGACACCAAAUCGCGAGCAUGACAUAAAGUGGCUGUCUACCUCAAUGUAUGCUGGUGGCGCUGAUACGACCGUGUCUUCAAUCCGCGCGUUUUUCCUGGCGAUGGUCCUCUAUCCGAAUGCGAUGCGGAAAGCUCAGGAGGAGAUAGAUUCUGUCGUCGGUCCCGAGAGACUUCCUAAAUCCUCUGACCGCGAUAACCUCCCGUAUACGAAUGCCCUCAUCAUGGAAGUCAUGAGAUGGCACGCUGUGGCUCCGCUCGCUGUUUUUGAUAUCAGACCGCUUACUGAGAACGGCAAGACGAUCAUACCUGAACACGAACAACUAGCUGGUACCCCACCCAAAGUCAUUCAAGUGCUCAAUCAAACCCAGGUCGCUCAGGGCAGAGUCUCUGAUCAACUCCGACCGAUAAUCAUAAUGUACAAACUUCAUGAUGAGGCUGUCUCUGAAAUAGGCGCUGGUCCGGACCGGACUGCCGCUGGACCCCCCAAGUAG